AUGGCUACAGUAACCAUCACAGCCACCGAAGGGGGCACGGAGCCACUCCAGACCAAAGAUAUCGCGACUCGCCUAUUGAACGGCACGCUUCACUCCCAGUGGCCGGCAUUUGAACAAUUCGCGACCAUCGAUGGGCUAUUGAAAUCACAUGCUGCUCAGCCAGAUGAGGCGCAACGGCCUCUGGUAUGCUAUCCGAUUCGCGGAGCAGCUGAUUUCGAGGAACAUACAGCCGGUGACAUCGAUCGGUAUACUGAUGUCGCUGUUCGCUUUUACAUGCAGCAAGGACUUGUACCAGCGCACCCAAGUCUCGAGCAAGCACCUGUUGUUGCUAUGCUAGCUGGUUCUAGCUUCGAGGUCGUGGUGACUUUCUUCGCGCUGAAUCGCCUUGGCUAUGCUGUGCUUUUUUUGUCUACACGACUCACGGCUCCGGCUUAUGCCCGGCUAAUGGAGAUGGCAAAUUGCAGCCAAAUUAUCAACACGAAACAGUUUCAGCAAGUUGUAACAGAAAUUUGUGCCGAGCGUCCUGGUUAUAGUAGCUACUCUCUGCUACAAAGAGGGGACUGGUUCAACCGUCCUCUCAGCACCCCUCUCUUUGAACGCCCCGGUGCGGAUCCAUCGCGAGAAGGCAAGAAGAUUGCCUGGAUCCUACAUUCUUCUGGGAGUACCGGUUUCCCGAAACCGAUUUUCCUUACCAACCUUCAAACCCUAGCCAAUUUCCGUAAGAGCUUCGGGCUGCGCCUCUUCACUAUCAGCCCGCUUUUCCACUCCCAUGCACUGAUGGAACUUGGACGAGCAUUGUUUACGAGAGCACCAGCAUAUCUGGGAAAUCAUUCUCUUCCAGUCACAUACCAAAACCUCUUCGAUGCCCUCCAGGUGGCCCAGCCGCAGCAAAUCAGUGCCGUGCCAUACGUGAUCAAACUACUUGCAGAGAGGCAAGAAGGCAUUCAAGCACUGGCUAGACCGCAGCUCGUGCUAUAUGGUGGCUCCAGCUGCCCAGACGAUCUUGGCGACCGUCUUGUGUCACAAGGCGUGAAUCUGGUCUCCAACUAUGGAGCUACGGAGACCGGACAAAUCAUGACUUCUUUCCGAGCGCCGGAAGACAAGGAGUGGCAGUAUAUGCGACUGCACCGUCCUGUUGCCGACCUCACUCUGAUGGAUGAGAUCACACCUGGGGUUUUUGAAUGUGUUGCAUUGGACGGCCUGCCAAGCAAGGGUCCUUCGAAUUCAAAGCCACCGUAUAGCGCAAAGAACCCAGAGAACUCUUUCAGAACAGCCGAUUUGUUUACCAGACACCCUGAUCCAAACAAGGGCAAUUAUUAUAAGUAUUUGAGUCGGCUGGAUGAUCGAAUCACACUGGUCAAUGGUGAAAAAGUGCUUCCUAUUCCUAUUGAAGGUCGCGUUAGAGAAGAGCCAAUCGUGAGUGACUGCGUCGUGUUCGGUUUCCAGCGGACCGUGCCUGGGGCUUUAAUUUUCCGCGCUCCUGGCAAGGUGCCUCACUUGAGCGACGAUGAAUUUUUGGAAGCUAUCUGGCCAGCUGUUGAAGCGGCAAAUGCUCGCGCCGAGACCUUCUCCCGUAUUCCCAAGGAGCUUGUUGUCAUCAAGGGCGCCGAUGUUGUAUACGCCAGAACUGACAAGGGAACCUGUAUACGCGCUCAGGUUUAUCAGCAAUUCGAGGAGGAUAUUAAGCAGGUAUACGCCAAGUUCGAAGGGAGUGGCCAGAAAAGAGGUUCCCUCGCGCUCAGUAUUCCAGAACUGGAGGAUUGGCUGCUUUCAAGAUUCAGCGAAGAUUUAGGCGUACAAAUACCCGAUGCUGAGGCCGACAUCUUCUCGGCUGGAAUCGACAGCUUACAGACAACACAAAUUUGGCGGUGCAUCAUGCGCGAUAUUGAUAUCGGCGAGCGAGGAGAUCAGCUUUCCCAGAACAUUGUGUUCGAGAAAGGCACUGUCCACGCGCUUGCGAAGCACCUCUACCAACUGCGAACUGGUCAAGAAUUCGAGAAGGAGGAUGAGCUUUAUUCCAUGCGUGAGAUGAUCGAAAAGUACUCCCACUUCACUCAACACUUCCCAACCAUCACCCGAAGCCCAGAAACGGAGGUUGUAAUGGUCACCGGCGCCACCGGCAACUUGGGAGCAUUCAUUGUCUCAGAAUUGCUGAAACGACCAACAGUCUCCGAAGUCUGGGCAAUCGUGCGCGCACCAGGACAAGCAGCGGCCGGAGCCCGUCUCUACAAAUCGCUAGCUGAUCGCAACAUCGUUCUCACCGAUACCGAAGCUGUAAAGCUCCACGCCAUCCCUGGUGACAUGUCACAGUCCAACCUCGGUCUCAAAGACCACGAUCUGCAACACUUACUCUCAUCAUUGACAUGCGUCAUCCAUAGUGCCUGGGCCGUGAACUUCAACCUGGGCGUACGGUCCUUCGAGCAGCAGCAUAUCCGCGGAACAUACAACCUCAUCAACCUCUGUCUGCGCUCUCGUCUACCUUCUCCUGCGCGGUUCUUCUUCUGUUCCAGCGUAAGCGCUGCGAGUAAUACGCCCAAACCGGCCUCUAUUCCCGAGACAGUGAUUGAGAACUUGGACCUCGCACAGAAAACGGGGUAUGGCAGAUCGAAACUGGUAACUGAACAGAUUACCCGCAACGCCAUGCGCCAGACGGGCAUGCAAGCCCGAGUCCUGAGAAUUGGCCAGCUUGGCGGCGAUACUGUUAGCGCGCAGUGGAAUGACACGGAAGCUGUUGCACUCAUGUUCCGAAGUGCCUUGACGACGGGUGCAUUGCCAGAACUUAAUGAGCGGCUGAGUUGGUUACCUGUUGAUCAGUGUGGUCAGGCUAUUUCGGAUAUUGCCAUGAAUGUGUCUGGAUCAUCUGAUGCCAAUAUGGUGUACCAUUUGGUUAAUCCGCGGACUUUUAGCUGGAAGGAGGAUUUGCUUCCUGCUUUGAGACAGGGGUCGGUCUUGGCGGAGUUUGAGGUUGUCUCUCCGCAGGAGUGGCUGAGGAGAUUGGCGAGUAGUGAGCAGGAUCCGGAGAAGAAUCCGAGUGUGAAGCUCAUCGAUUUUUGGACGGCUAAGUAUGCAAGUCAUGGCCUGUCGGAGACAAAACCAGGGAUAAAUGAUGAGGCUGGGCUUACAUUCGAAACUGAGCGGACGGUUCAGGACUGCCCCUCGCUUGCUCUUGUGGAGGACCCCGUUGCUGGUGGGUUGGUACAGAGGUAUAUUAAGUCGUGGAUGAGUCGAUGGACUGCUAAAUGA